UUUAUCGCAUGGCGCACUUGUACUAUCUUUUUAUACACGUUGAAAAGCGUAACAAUAAUUUAUAAAUAAUAUAUUUGUUUUGUUUUGUUUUUAAAUAAUAAAACCGUCGAGAGUAUAGAUAGAAAAAAAGCCGCCGAGAGGGAGAUAAAUAAUAAAAGUGAUAAAUAAAUGAACAUAGAGAAAUUAUUGAUAAAGAUGGUGAUUUGAGACUCGCCCAUCGCAAGGUAUCGCCGAUUCAUUUACUCAAGUGAUAAGAGUAAGAAAUAGUGAUAGGUUCACUUGACGUAAUCGUGUAAAGAGCAAUGGGUUGGUGAAUUUUUUUCAGCUCCAAUUACUUGACUGGGAUUCUAACCUACGCUUUCAAUUCAUCAGAUAAGAGUAUAUGUAAAGUCAAUAAAUUUUUCAUCGCACCAAAAGCUGUGAAGAUGCUACGUACACUAUGUAUGCCGGAAUAUUGAUAAAUCACUUUUUAUAAAGCCAUGUUCUGUAUGUGUAUAUUUAUCUCUGUGUGAGCAGUGUUGGAAAAUACUGGAUUGAAGAUAUAUUUACUGGAAUUUUUAAUUUUGAUUAAAUUACAAGAGGAUCUGGAUUAAUUUUAAAAAUCAAGAUUAUUAUUCAAAGUUUUAGAGUAUGACGACAAUGGAUUCGGAUUCAGAGAGUCAAGACAGCGAUGAAGGGAGGCGUUUUCGUUUCGAGGCGACCCGAAAGGACGCGCAUGUUACCCAAUCGGCAGCACGUCGUCGGAAGCCGUCGCCGUUUCAACUGCAUCGUCGUCCAUCGAGGGAAAAAUCCCGGGAACGGACUCGCCACGACAGGUCAAGGAGCCAUGACAAGGACCGUAGGAAGGAUCGAGAUCGGCACAGUCGGGAUCGGCACAGUCGGGAUCGUCACGGAAGAAGCGGCAGCAGCUCCAAGGAACCGGUCAGAAGCAGCAAAAAUUCCAAGGAAGAUCGCAGCCGAAAAGAUAGAGAAGAUCGGCACCGCGAUCACAAUAGCAAGAGUCUCCACAAAGACUACGACAGACGCGACUCCAGGUCGAGAGACUUCAAGCGGGACCGUCGUAGGUCCAGAGAUUCCUAUGACCGUCGCAGCGACAAGCGCGAUCGCAGUCGUAGGUACUCCAGGGAGCGCGAUCGGCACAAAAAGUCCAGAGAUAACGAGCGAGUCGCUGAAGCAAGCACUGGCAAUGGUGAUAAAAAUUCAACUCACGGUGACAAUGAUAGAAUCUCUAAUUUAUCCAACCAAGACUGUAAAGAUUUAAAUUUAAGUGAUUUUGAUAUCGUGUCUGACACCGAGGGCAAUUCGCAGUCAGACUCGUCGCUGAGGGGAAAAAAUUGGAGCAGAGAUUCGCGGGAUAGAAAGUCCAGGCUGAGAACAAGGUCCAGGUCCAGGUCUAGGGGAAAGAGUCGAGGUUCCAAGUCGAGUUCCAGGUCUAGGUCGAAACUCAAAGCUUCCCCGAUAGAAAUAGUUGGUGAUGAAAUAGUCAUUGAUAGUAUCGGCAAUGAUAAUGAAGAAGAGGAAGAAGAAGACGAUGAUGACUUGGAAAAAUUCAACACAGAUAUCCUCCUGCAUGCAUCUACGUCCGCGCCAUCAUUAGAUAGUGUUAAUGAUAAUGAUAAUUUAAAAAUAUGUACAGAUUUAAUAGAUAACUUAAGCGAUGACGAUGAUAACAAAAACUACAGCAAUUUAAAUAUUGACGAUAUUGAUGAGGAGAAUCACGGGGAGAACAGUGGUGAGGUUGAAGCACCAAGCGCCAAUUGCUACGGACCUACCUUGCCGCCUAAAAGUGUUGGAAAUCCUGUCAAGUUGGCGUCGGAGACUAAAAAUUCUGAGGUUAAAAUUAUUGGGCCUUGUUUACCGGAUGGCUUUAAAAAAAUUUCUCAAGAUGAGGAUGAAGCUUUUGGACCCAGUUUGCCACCGACGCUGCAGAGGGUCGGGGAGGAGAAGAAGCGGAUUGGACCUUCGCUGCCCAGGCAUCUCAUGGAGCAUCUGGAAGACGAGGAUGACUAUCUGAUGGAGGUGGAUGUUGAAGGAGAACCCGACGAGCUUGAUGAAGAGGAAGAAAUACUUGGACCCUUGCCUGCUGAUCAUCCGGCUAUUGGUAGCGACAGGAUUCAGAGGCAGUUGGAGUACAGGGCGAGGUUGAUUAAAGAAGAACUUGCUGAGAUUGAUUACCGGGAAGAAAAAAAAAGAGAAGAAUGGAUGACUGAAUUGCCGGCAGUGAGAGCUGCUAAUUUAGGACUAGGUCCCAGGAAAUUUCGUACAAAAGAAGGUCCUGAUUUUUCAGAUAGAACUAGUUGGACUGAUACACCUGCGGAUCGUGAACGUAAACAAAAAGAGCUGAAGAUGGGCAAAAGACCUGCAGAAACGAUAGAUGACAGUCCAAGAGAGAAAUCAAGCAAAAGACAUGAAAAGUCGCUUCUUGAAAUGCAUCAGAAAAAAAUAAACAAGAAAAGACGGAAAGACGAAAAAGAAGCGAAAAAGAAUCAAACAACAGUACGAAGACCAUUUGACCGUGAUAUGGACAUGCAGGUCAAUCGUUUUGAUGAUGCGCGGAAGAAAAGUAUUCUUAUGAAAGCUCAAAAACUCGACGACAGAUUUUCGCGUGGAAAAAUGUAGACAAUGUUGUUUUGUUAUUUUUAUGAUUUUUUUUUUUUUUUUUUUUAAUUUUAAAUAUGCAGUAAUAAUAAGGAAAGAGUGCUGAGAUGAAUGAACGGUUAGUUAUGGAUGAAUGGUACGUGAAAUUGGUGCCUUGUUAUUUUUUUAAUUUUAUGGUAACCGAUUUAUAAACCAGACAAGACAUCAAUGAAAUUUUUUAAAAAUGAAUUAAUACAGUAAAUUUUUCAUAAUUUAAUCAACUAGUUACAUAUUUUAUUAUUAUAUUCUAUGUACUUUGUAAUCAAGUGAAAUAUGUAAAUAAUUACAUAAAUUGGUCAUUAGUUGUCACAGCGAUAUCUAAGAAAGAACAUUAAUCAAUUAGUCAUUAAUUAAUAAUGAUAUUAUUAUUAUUAAAAGUUUCUUUUUUUUUUUUUUUUUAAUUUGAUGUAUAGAUGUAAUUAUUAUUGUUCAAUUUAUUUGUUUUUAUUAUCAUGCCAGUUAAUAUGAAUUCUUCAUGUAAUUAAUUUGAAUAGGUGUCAUUUGUUACACUAGAUUAAACAAUUAAACCAUCACGCGCUAAGAAUAAUGAAUUAUUUAUUUUACUUAGUUUUAAUUUUAUUGUUGUUUAAAUACCGAUUCGCAAACGCUUUGAAAUUAAAUACCAUGUGCAUCAUGCUUAUCAAUUUACGAGAAAAUAAUGGUUUGUAAUAGAGAAAAGUGACUUAUAAAUAAAAACAAUUUAUCAGGGAAU